AUGGCACAUGCAGAUGCAGACGCAGCACCAGCACCAACUCACCCCUCGGUCAUACGCGUGGUGCGCGAAUCGGGCUUUCACGCCUCAUACAGCGUCUCCGUCGUCUCACUCCCGGCCGGGGCACUGUUCGCCCGCCUUGCCAGUCCACCGCUGACGUUUGCGCCGGCCAAGCGCUGGUCGACCGUGCAGGUCUCCGAGACGCAGCACAUCGAGUUGAACAGCGACUUUUUGUACAUCAACCACAGCUGCGAGCCGAGCCUGGAGUUCCACGUCGUUCCAGACUCCGAAGAACCCGUCAUCGAGAUCCGCGUCGCGACCAGGUUGGACAAGGACGGGAAUCCGACGAGAGGUCUGAGUACGGGCGACGAGUUGACUUUCUUCUACCCCAGCACCGAGUGGGAAAUGGAGCAGCCGUUCCAAUGCGGGUGCGGCACGGCGAGCUGUAAAGGGGUGAUUAGCGGUGCGAAGGAUAUGACCCCGGAGCAGCUGAGGGGUUACUUUUUGAAUGCGCAUAUCGAGGAUCUGAGAAGCGUGCCGAGAGGUGAGAAGGAGAAAGCGAUAGGGGCUUGAAACGGUGGUCGGGAUGGAUGGAGAGUUGUAGGAAGUGUCAAGGCCUGGACUUUUUGUGGAACUGUAGUGUCAGAAAUCGCUUCCCUGUCGACAACAGUGCAUGGGAAUGGAUAUCAAAAGGGCUGGAGGUUUGUAACCAGGAGCUGGUUUCUCAAAAGGCAGACGUGGGGUACAAAACAAGUCAGUACUGUGUGGUUAGAUGUAGUGAUUGUGGGCACAUCAGGCUGUGCCGUCUUGAUACCCUGUGUGGUACUAC